AUGGUGAGAGGCGCGGGCGCUCAGGAAAGAGGCCGCGCUGAGGAGUGUCGUACUGACGGGACGUUGGGCCAGUUUGGGCAGAUGGGCGUGCGCUGGAGUCGAGAUGACGUGAACGGUUGCGGCGAAGGUAAUGAGAUGCCGGGGACUCCAGCGUACCGCGCUGGCCACGAGCGGUUGGAUACUGCUAUUUCAGUCGUGCGCGUUGAAUUCACAGUCGCUGUUCAGAAAGUACUGGCUGGCGAUGGGCGACUGGUCGGCAGGAUGGACAACACAGUCAGCUUUCUACUGGGCACCCAAGGCAGGCAAGGUAGGGAAGGUACCUUCCUACCGCAAAAGAUGAGGCACGGCGAGGCAAGAGCAAGGAAGGCAAGGAAGGGCAAGGAAGGGGCAGGCGGCAUGGCAUGGCAUGGCGUGGCACGGCACGGCAUGGCAGUGGCAGUGGCAGCGGCGGCAACAGCGCGGCAGCAGCAGCAGCAGCAGCAAGCAAGCAAGCAAGCAAACACCCUUCACAAGAGGCAGGCGGGAUUGGCGCGUUCAGGAAGGUGCAGUGCAGUCGGUGGCCGUGAAGGGGCCGCACCACUCACGUGUUGA